UCAACUUCUCGUAUACUCCAUUUUUAUUUCCCACCCCGUUUCAGUUUGCAGAAUACUAGCAGGAAAAUUAAGGAAUUUACGCAGGAAAAAGUUCCUGGGAUUUGCCUCUCUCUUUUCUGUGAGUAGAAGGAGGAGAUUCCAGGCGAGGAAGGCCGUGGGGGGAGAAGAGGGAGUGGUUGCUCCCGACAUCCGGUUUCUGCCUCCCGUCUGCUUCCGGAAGCUCUGCUCAAAAUGCUGAACUGCUUCUGGAAGUCGCUGGUACUGUGGUAGUUGGAGUCUGUUCUCGGGCCGGAGCCUCGAGGUCAGGCUCCUGGGUGUCGUUAAUGUUCGGGGCCGCCGGGCGCCAACCGAUCGGAGCUCCAGCCGCCGGGAACAGCUGGCAUUUCAGUCGAACCAUGGAAGAACUGGUUCAUGAUCUUGUCUCUGCAUUGGAGGAGAGCUCAGAGCAAGCUCGAGGUGGAUUUGCUGAAACUGGCGAUCAUUCUCGAAGCAUGUCUUGUCCUCUGAAACGCCAGGCAAGGAAACGGAGAGGGAGAAAACGAAGGUCGUAUAAUGUUCAUCACCCAUGGGAGCCUGGCCACUGCUUAAGUGAAGGCACUGAUUCUAGUUUAGAAGAACCAAGCAAGGACUACAGAGAGAAUCACAAUAAUAAUAAAAAAGAUCAUAGUGACUCUGAUGACCAAAUGUUAGUGGCAAAGCGCAGGCCAUCAUCAAACUUAAAUAAUAAUGUACGAGGAAAAAGACCUCUAUGGCACGAAUCGGAUUUUACUGUGGACAACCUUGGGAACAGAACUCUGCGCAGAAGGAGAAAGGUAAAACGCAUGGCAGUGGACCUCCCACAGGACAUCUCUAACAAACGGACAAUGACCCAGCCCCUUGAAGGUUGUAGAGAUCAGGACAUGGACAAUGACAGAGCUUACCAAUAUCAAGAGUUUACCAAGAACAAAGUCAAAAAAAGGAAAUUGAAAAUAAUUAGACAAGGGCCAAAAAUCCAAGAUGAAGGAGUAGUUUUAGAAAGUGAGGAAAUAAGCCAGACCAAUAAGGACAAAAUGGACUAUGAAGAGCAAAAAGUUUCAGAUGAACUCAUGAGUGAAAGUGAUUCCAGCAGUCUCAGCAGCACUGAUGCUGGCUUAUUUACCAAUGAUGAGGGAAGACAAGGUGAUGAUGAGCAGAGUGACUGGUUUUAUGAGAAGGAAUCAGGUGGAGCUUGCGGCAUCACUGGAGUUGUACCCUGGUGGGACAAGGAAGACCCUACCGAGCUAGACAAAAAUUUACCAGAUCCUGUCUUUGAAAGUAUCUUAACUGGUUCUUUCCCUCUUAUGUCACAUCCGGGAAGAAGAGGUUUCCAAGCUAGACUCAGUCGCCUUCAUGGAAUGCCUUCCAAGAACUUUAAAAAAUCAGGAGGGACCGCAACUUCAAUGGCUACAAACUGGACCAGUGAGAUUCCCCUAUAAACCAAAUCUUCUAAUGCUAAUAAAUUAGUUACGUUUUGAACAUCUGGGGAAUGACAUUCGAGGGAACCUGGCUCCUGUCCUCUUCCCCUGGAGGAAUAUCACUGAAGUGAGAGCCUCUUUGAUGAAAAGAUGGGGCUGUUUUUGCUGUGGAGGACUGGUAUUCUUCCUUUAGUCAGAAGUGAACCUGGUUGGGGAGGCUUUCUAGGGAUCUAGGCUGGCCCAGGGUGGGUGGAACUACUGUAAAUUUUAUAUAUUUUUCUCUUUUAUGAUUUUUUUUUUACAUUGAAUCCAUUUAUGUAUUACUUGCUUUGCCAAAAUACUAACAAAACCUAGAAAAUGGAAAACUUCCAGAUCUCACAUAAGUAUUCCUUAAUGUUUAUAUUGUGACUGGUUAAGAACUAAUUUUUACAUCUCUGACUGUUGUAAAUAAACAUGAUGCAUUGACAUUUAUGGCUCAUUUUUAGAGAAGUCUUACAUAACCAGCAUUAUUUAAAAUAUCUGCAUUUUACUCAGGGUAUUUUAACAAGGGCUAAGAUGAGUAGUAGGUAAGGUUGAUAAUCUUUACUAGAAUUUCUGUUUUGUUCAGUUUGCUUUCUACUUGGAAAAUCUGCUCUGUAUUGCAAACCCAUUGUAUUUUAUAGUGUAGUGUUCAUUGUACUACAAAAGAGAAUCAUCCUAGUUUUAAAGCUAACUACAGUGAUAACUAGUCUGUGCUAGUAGAAUCAUUUAUUAUUACUUUUUAAAUUAUCUGCUCUGUCUGAUACCUGCAACCACUCAAAAUUAUCAUUUUGGCUUAGAGCUUCUGGAAAUCAUGUGAAAGCUGGUAUUUCAACUAAUACUGUAUGCCUCUGAAUCAUAUUGUCAUGUUUAAAAGUGAGAGCUGCUUGCACACCCUUGGCAGACCAUAUGUGUCACUGUGAGUGUCAGAAAUACUUGCAUGAGCUCAUUUUCACAAGCAGAGGGGAAAAUGUAACAUUUCUAUUGAUGGUAUAAUUUAUAGACACUCUACAACAUUCAGGCCAUUUGAAUUCUUCAAAAUGGUAUGUUACAAUGAUGAGUAUUUUUUAUUACGUUCCCAUAAUGGAUGAAAACUGUGAUUUAAUACAUGUAUUUUUAUAUUGUUGUAUGGAUUAAUUGUUAAUUCAGCAUUUAAUGGAUAACUUAAAUAUGGUGAUUGGGAAAGAAACUUAAAGUUGACAUUUCUUUUACCUAAAGGUAUUACAAUCUGAAAGAUUUCAGAAAAUGUGUUAAGCAGAAAGCGUGUGACAUCUUUUAGAUUGCUUGUCUAAACUGGAGAGAUUAAAUAUGAUAAAGUGCAACUUUGAGUAUCUUUACCUUUGCAUAUUUAAAGUGAUAUUUUAGAGGUACAAUAAUGUGGUGUUUGGUCAUUGUAAGUAAGCUUUUUUUGUGCUGUGUCCUUUAGAGUAAAAAUUCGUGAUUUUUUUUCUGAAUUACAUAAAUGCUUUUAUUUUAUUUUGUAUAAUGACUGCCUUUUAGAUCUGAAUAAGUCACUUUAAAACCUUGGCCUAUGAACUUUGCCUUACCAAUCAUGAAUCUAGAUGAAUGCUAUCUAGUUCUUGGUUCAGUUUUACCUAUUUUUAUUUUUGGUUCACUGCUUGCUUGAGCAUAGAUGGGAUUUGUAGCCCAUUUUCUAGGCUUAUUGCAAUCUCACUGUGGUAUUUUAUAGAAGCUAUUACAUCUGAUAGGCCAGCUUCAUGGUAUUGAUGAUACAUGGCUUAACCAUAGUAAAAGCUGCCUUCCCUCUCUAAAUUGUAAAAAGGUGAUUAAGUUUCACUUGAUGGAGAAAUACUAUAUGUGUGUGUUUAUCAUCGAACUAGUGCAUUAGGCCAUAAACUGUUUUCCUGGUCUACAUUUUUUUGUAUUCAAAUUUUACUGAAGACAAUGGGCUCCUUCGGCUUUCUUUCUUUCAAUCCUGAAUUGUCCUUGUUUGGAUUUUUAAGUACUGUAAUUUUUUUUUUUCAAUAAAAUAUCUGACUUGGACAAGAAAG